AAUCGUUUAUUCAUGCACACACGGAAUGCCAGACCGAGAGCGCACUGUGCGUGUGCUUGCUCUCUGUACGGCUUGGUACGCCAUCAGCUCAACCCAGAAUGUUAUUAACAAGAAAUUUCUCAGCGCCCACUCUCUCCCCGUCACCCUUUCUCUCGUCCACAUGCUCUCGAUUGCUCUUUACCUUCCCAUUGUCAUCGGAAUUUUGGUCGUACCCGCUUCGCCCGUUUUCUCGUCGAUGUAUUAUCUCAGAGUCCUGAUGCCAUUGUCUUUGGGUAAGUUAUUGGCCUCUGUCACGGCCCACGUGAGCAUUUGGAAAGUUCCUGUUUCGUACGCGCACACAGUGAAGGCAUUGAUGCCGUUGUUUAUUGUUGCUCUUACAAGAUGCCUAUUAAAGGAGAAACAUCCGUUGAAGAUCUAUUUGACAUUGUUGCCGAUUGUGGGUGGUGUAGUUGUUGCCACGGUUACCGAGCUGUCGUUUGAUUUUGCUGGGAUGAUCAGUGCAGUCUGCUCGACUUUGUUUAUGGCGUUACAAACAAUUUACUCAAAGAAGGUUUUAGAAGACACUGGCAUCCAUCAACUUCGCUUGCUCCUCAUUCUCACUCGCUUGACUCUGCUGUCGCUAAUUCCGGCUUGGGUGUAUACGGACUCGUCAAAAUUUUUUACGACUGUGUGGAGCAAUGAGGGAUACGCAAACUCGCCACUUCUGGUCGUGCUUGCCAUCAGUGGCCUCCUCAACUUCUCUCAGAAUGUUAUCGCAUUCACUAUGUUAUCGACUGUCUCAUCUCUCAGCUACAGCAUAGCAAGCAGCAUGAAGAGAAUAGUUGUUAUAUGCGUGUCGCUUCUGAUGCUCCAUAACCCGGUCACGCCAAUCAACAUGAUGGGGAUGACUGUGGCAGUCACAGGUGUUCUUGUUUACAACAAGGUUAAAAGUGAUUUGAAUCAGCAACGAAUUGAGCUGCCGCGUUACUCGUCGGACAAGCUUAUCAAUGGAAGGCUUACUGCCGUGUGAACAAGAUGGAGGCAACGAUUGAUUUACUAGAACUAAGGAAGAACUAUACCAAACUUUCGAUGAACUUUUCACAAAUGGUUAUAAAUUGUUUAAAUAUUUAUUUAAUAAUUUUGUGAGUGGAUAUUAUGUAUAUUUAUGUACAUACUGUAGCUGUACAGCUUGUAUGUGAUGAUGUCA